UCAAAGUUCCCAGCAAAGCCACCCGGACCCGGAGGGUGGGGUAGCGCCAAGCACGGGGCGGCACCCGGCCAUGCCCCCCUGCCGCCGGCCACCCCCCGGCAGGUAGCGGCGCUGCCCAGGCGCACCUGCACCGCUGCGCUGCCUUUUACACGGCCCGACAAAGUUCUCCCCGAGUUAUAACCGCCGGCGAGGAGGAAGCACGGGGGAGAGAGAGGGAUAAAGUUGCUCUGACAAGGGAAUAGGCGGAACACCUCGAGAAGAAAGGACGGGCGGCGAGGACGGAGCGGUGAAUGGCCAGAACGGUUUAACCGGAGCCAACAAGUGGGAGCGGUGCGCGCAUCCCGCUCCUCCCGUCCAGCCGCCCGCUCUGAAAGACCGAAGGAAACUUCGCCCCGCGCCGACCCAGCCAUGCUCGGCGGGCCGAGCGCCGCUCUGGCCGCCUGUGCCCUGCAGGCGCUGCUGCUGACGCUCGGUCUUGCUGAGGAUGAACUUUUUGAGAAACCAAUGCUGAGCAUUGCAAAAGACCACAUUGUCAUCUUACCAGGAGAAGUCCUGAAAAUAAAAUGCAGGGGAGCACGGCCUGUGAGCUGGCUGCUACAGGAGGCACAGAGGGAAGACCCCCGAGUGCACAUCAGCAGCUGCCGUAACAGCAGCGGGCAGAGCUGCAGCAUGCUGCUCCUCAGGAACGUCACAGCCAGCGACACCGGGUACCUCACCUGCGUUCACGAUGAUGCCCCAUCUAGCGAGGAGCUCGCGGCCAAGAUUUAUGUGUUUGUUAAAGACUACAGAAAUCCAUUUGUGGAGUUCCACCCGGAACAUCCCAAAAUCAUCUACAUUCUAGAGGCUAAGAAGACAGUUGUUAUUCCCUGCCGGGUUACUUCUCCAGAUAUCAGACCCAAACUUUUCCAGUAUCCUCAUCCUGUAGAGAUAAAUUUCAAGAAGAUGCUGUGGGACCCAAAAAGAGGAUUUGUCAUCCCCUCUCAUGCUUAUUCUGGAGUACUUACAUGCACUGCAAACAUCAAUGGAAGUGUGUUCACAUCCUAUUACCUUGUACAGAAACUGGAGGGCAGAGUGCAGAACCUGGCUCUGAAAGCAACUCCCAAAAAACUGCUGGUUGGAGAAACUCUCUUUUUGGAAUGCAAAGCAGAAACCUUCAUCAACGGGCGCAUUGAAUUCAUAUGGACGUGUCCUAAUGGGAGACACCCUUACCCCAGGAGAACAAUGGAUCAGAGUGGACCCGUGUACAAGGUUGGCAGCAGCCUGACAAUUGAAAAUGUCACCAUGGAAGAUGGAGGCCUGUACAUAUGCAAAACAUUCAAUGUAACGAGGCUGGAAGCUAACGUCACCGUUACAGUGUAUGACAAACCUUUCCUUGAGGUGUCACACAAGAAAGGGCUUUACUAUGAGAUCACAUCAGGACACAAGUCACUGAAACUGUCUGCAAAGGUGGAUGCCUUUCCUCGCCCAACUGUUACCUGGUACAAGGAUGGCAAACUGAUCAAGGAUAACCAAACUUGCUACGAGCCAGACCCAGCAAAGUACAGGCUGGGCAUAAGAGAUGUGAGACCAAAACAUGCUGGGAACUACACCAUCGUCUUGAGCAAUGCAAAACAUGGCCUGUACAAGAACCUCACCAUGCAGCUGGUAGUGACAGAGAGACCCAAAAUCUAUGAAAAGGAAACGGAUUUCGAUAAAAUCGAGCGGGUGGAAUUAAGAAGCAAGCACAAAAUCCAGUGCACUGUAAGCGGGAAUCCUGACCCGAAGGUUGAGUGGAAGUGGCAGCCCUGCAGCCUCACGGAUACACUAUGCAACCCCAGAGGGCAAAAAAUUGUGGUUCAGGAGAACAUGUUCAUAGGCAACAAGAUCGUGAGCAUUGAAAACAUAACCAUGAAGCAUGGGGACAAAAGAAAGAUUGUGAGCACACUAACAAUGGAAAACAGCAGCACAUCAGGAAUCUAUUACUGCGUGGCCUCAAAUAAGAUUGGUGAAGAAGAGAGGAGCAUCGAGUUCUAUGUCUCAGAUGUGCCGUCAGGGCUGCAGACAGCCCCACAAGUCACAGCCAUUGCGGGGAGCACUGCUAAGCUGACCUGCCGGGCCUCCAGGUACAUCUACAGCAACCUGGCCUGGUCCUACCCCUCCCUGGGGGCAGCUCAUGGCGGCUCUCUAACCCGAAGUGCUGAUGCCUACUCUAUUUCCCUGACCCUGGUCAUUGCAAACGUCACAGAAGAGCACAGUGGCCUCUACAAGUGCCGUGCCCAGCACCAGCACAACGGCAGCGGCACGCUGGAGCAGCACACACGGCUCCUUAUCAGAGCAAAGGCAGCCCCAUAUGUCCUACAGAAUCUGACAGACCUGGAGGUUAAUAUCAGUGGCAAGAUCAUCCUGGAGUGCAGAGUCAGCGGAACACCUGAGCCACAGGUUACAUGGAGCAAGGAUGGCUACCCCAUCUCAGCAGCAUCAGGAAUUUCCAUGGAAAAUAAUACCCUGGUCAUUGAGAGAGUGAAGAAGGAUGAUGAAGGGCUCUAUGAAUGCAAAGCGACCAAUGACAUGGGCCAAGACAGUACAUCAGCCUUCAUUAAAAUACAAGGUUCUGAGGAGAAAUCCAACAUUGAAGUUAUCAUUUUGGUCUGCACUGGUCUCGCAGCUACCCUCUUCUGGCUCCUUCUGACCCUUUUCAUUCGGAAACUGAGAAAACCUGAUGCCACAGAUAUUAAAACAGGAUACCUGUCAAUUAUAAUGGAUCCAGAGGAAAUGCCACUUGAUGAGCAGUGUGACCGUCUUCCCUAUGACAGCAGUAAAUGGGAGUUCCCAAGAGACAGACUGCGGUUGGGUAAAACACUGGGUCACGGUGCUUUUGGGAAGGUGGUGGAAGCAUCUGCUUUUGGCAUUGAUAAAUCUUCAACCUGCAAAACAGUUGCCGUAAAAAUGCUUAAAGCAGAAUGUGCAACUACUAAUGAAUGCAAGGCUUUAAUGUCUGAACUGAAGAUCCUCAUCCACAUAGGACACCAUCUGAAUGUAGUCAACCUGCUGGGAGCCUGCACCAAAGCUGGAGGUCCUUUAAUGGUCAUAGUAGAAUAUUGCAAAUAUGGAAAUCUGUCCAAUUAUCUACGAGGAAAGCGAGGAGAUUUCAUUGCAUACAAGUCCCAGGAGAACUCUGGCCAAGCAGAGAAAAGCCUGGAUGAGUCCAGCAGUGAUUUGACAGAGCUGAUCAAGAGACGCCUUGAGAGUGUAGCCAGCACUGGGAGCUCUGCCAGCUCAGGAUUUAUUGAAGAUAAGAGUUACAGUGACUCUGAAGAGGAUGAAGAAGAUGCUGAAGAUCUGUACAAGCGGCCACUGACUUUGGAGGAUCUGAUUUGUUACAGCUUCCAGGUUGCAAAAGGGAUGGAAUUUCUUGCCUCCAGAAAAUGCAUCCAUAGAGACCUGGCAGCCAGAAACAUCCUUCUAUCUGAGAACAAUGUGGUGAAGAUCUGUGACUUUGGGCUAGCCAGGGACAUUUACAAAGACCCUGACUAUGUACGGAAAGGAGAUGCAAGACUGCCACUCAAAUGGAUGGCUCCAGAAGCAAUUUUUGAUAAGAUUUACACAACACAGAGUGAUGUGUGGUCUUUUGGAGUUCUGCUAUGGGAAAUAUUUUCUCUAGGUGCCUCCCCGUACCCUGGAGUGCAGAUAGAUGAGGACUUCUGCCGACGGCUCAAGGAAGGAACCCGGAUGAGAUCACCAGAAUAUUCUACUCCAGAAGUCUACCAGACAAUGCUGGACUGCUGGCAUGGAGUGCCUACAGAGAGGCCAACCUUCACUGAGCUUGUAGAGCGCUUAGGAGACCUUCUUCAGGCCAAUGUACAGCAGGAUGGUAAAGACUAUAUCCCACUGAACAUUACCUUAUGUCCUGAUGGAGAGCCUAACUCCAAAACUUGCCCUGUGGAGGAGAAUUUGAACAACUGUGUUAAUCGCUGGAGUGCAGUGGAAACUGGCAGCAGCAGCAAGAGGCGUCCUCUGAGUGUGAAGACAUUUGAUGAAGUUUCAGUGGGAAAGGAGAAGGUGAUGCAUGAGGAGUCAGACAGCGGGAUGGUGUUAACAUCAGAUGAGAUAAAAAGCCCAAAGAGGCUGGAAAUCCGCUCCUGGCCUUACGGGAUCAUGGCACUUGCGCGGCGAGCUGUUAGCAAGAGCAAAGAGUCCAUCUUAUCCGACCAUGAACGUGAAGCUGUCAAAUACCAGCCCGCAGUGCAGGUUGAAGAGGACACCAUGGACUUCCCACUGGAAGACUCUGUUCUCCUUCCUAUGGAUCCAAGCCUGGAGUGCCACAGCCCACCUCCAGAUUACAACUCUGUCGUGCACUGCUCUGCACCCCCAGUGUAACCAGCCCAGCCUACUGCAGGGCCUCCCUCUGAUGCCUCACUUGGCCAUGAUGGAUUCCAUAAAGAGGCUGUGUGCCAACAAAGGGGAAACCUGGCAGCACACUGGUUCUUAGGUUUCAUCUGGCACAUCUCUGAUGUGAACAGAAAAUCUUUAAGAGCAUCCCUUUGCUAUCUUUAAAGGCCUAUUGCAACAUAUGCAGUAAGUUAGAACACUGUAAGAAUUGUUAAUAGGAGCUGUAACCCAGAACUGCUCCCAUCCUUCCUCCCUUAGCAGGGAUUGUUUAUUAACCAUAUUUUACUCUGUAAGUCACCAAGAGUCACCUCACGAUAGCUGUGACAAUAUUCAUUUUGUUGGUCCAGCUGACAAUUACAGCCUUAAACUCUGAUGUUUUGUUUUUGAAGAGAAUCCAAAAAUUCAAACAUUUCUCUGAGUUCUCUGCAUGGGAACUUACCUUCAGUAAAUGUUUUUGGAAUAUCUUGAAAUCCAAAAUAUGUUUAUUACAAUUUGUGAUCUAACAGUUUCCACCGCCAAGAGGAUCCACUCCCCAAACGACACAGCAGAGAAGCAGCCAGGAUCCAUGUAUAUAUAUAGACAGUGUUGUUAAAUGUGUUGCCCUGUUUUCCCUCCUUAUUCAAACAGCAGCUUCUUUAACAUUAUGCAACAGGGAGCCAUGAUGGAGAUCCAUCUGUGGUGAUGGCAAGGCAUCAGCGCUGCAUUAAGUAAGAACCUUAAGCUUAUGCGGGCAGUAUUUCCCAGCACACGUGCACAUCUGUGUGAAUGUGCAUAAAAUACUCAUCCACAAUAUGAGAGUGACACAUGAAUGCACAUAUAACCUUGAGGCAUCAGCAGCGUAGCAGCAUUUCUGUUUCCUUUUUGGACACAGAUUAUUUAAAAUUGGAGGAAAAAAAAGCUCUUCCUUUGAAUUCUAUGGCAGAUGCCCAACAGUCUCAUCUUGGGAAUACCAGCCCAUUCCAUGCUGUGAGCAUAUGUAGAACACACUUGUCUCCAGCUGCCUUGCCAAGGUGAAUACUGCUACAAUAUACCACGUCUUCUAUAUCUAAACCCAUCAUGAGUACUGCAGAGAUUUUUGGAAUCCACUCAUGCCAGUCCAAAUGGAUCACAAAUUCUCACAUCUGAGAAAUUCAAAGUGUGUUAUCCCUACCCAAAAGCGGUGUGCAGCAGGGACUGCUGGCCUGCAGGUGUGCACACCCAGAUCCCACGCACACCCCUGACCAUCCUCGCAGCAACCUCAAAACCAAGCAACUAAUCCUUAUCAUUUAACGUGCUAGGAAAGAACCAGUGCUGACAUUAGAAAUCUAGGAAGGGAUAAUGUAUGGAGUUUUCAGGUAGAAAAAGCAAAGAUAAAAAAGAUGUAUGUUGGCAGCCAAGCCUAUAACUUCCUAAGUUAUAAACCCAGACCUGGAUAUGACUUCGUGCAGCUUCUUCCAAGGUCUGUACAACCCUUGUCUUUUCUUUUUUAGAAUUGAUACUCUAAUUAGACUUCUUUAGUGAAAGAAAUUUUGUUCUUAACUACAAGCUAAAAUGAUGACAAAUUAAUUCUUUUGUAAAACAUCCAACACUUGCCAAACAAUUAUUUUACCUUGGUGAAAACAGCCUAAACAUCCUUGCAGCAAUGAAGACAGUUGGUUGCAUUGAAAUAAACAGAAAAAAGCCUCAGGUAUGAUCAAAGGGGAAGAAUCCCCAAAGCCCAUGCCAUCCUAACUGUGAAUGCUAAUGCAUCUGGUGGAAGGGCUCUUGGGAACGACGUCUUGUUAUCCUCAGCCUCAGAUUUGAGCUGUUUAAGAAAUCACCUGCAGGAGCCCAUGGGCCAUUGCUCAUAGUGGGCCUGGCAAAUAACUGUGGUCUGUAGUUGCUUUAUGGCCAUUAUUGCACUUCUUUGUAUGUAAGUAUCUAUGUAUUAAGUAAAGUUUGUCAAGUAACAGAAGAAAAUACUGGGAAAUAAUUCAUCUGAGGGGUCACAGAAAGCUCAGUGGAUCAGUUUUUCAUGAAAUAGGAAAUUAUCUGUAGCUCUGAUCAAAGAAGGAGUCAUUUAUUUGGAAAAUAAUUUAUUCAGAUAGCAGAAAAGAAAAAAAAAGGUGCCUAUGGUUUGUCUGGCUCUGCUGUUACCGGCAGCAAUCAGCGUGAGGUGGUUUGUUGUUGUGCCUUGUUGUGUAGCAGAAGAAAAUGACAAUGUCUAAAAUAAAUCCUUUGCUUAUAAUCUCCGAAAGAAGCACAUGUAGGAAAAGCAGAAAAGUGCAACUUUGUUCUCAGUUUUAAAAAAGAAUAGGAAAUUCUGCUGUUUGAAGUGCCUUCUUCCAAGAGAGCCGAGCACACUGCCUUUCCUCCUUAGCAAGGAUGAAAUGUUUAUUUUAAGUUGAAGGCUUUUCCCUCUAUGGUAACUGUAAGAAGCAAAAAUAUUACCUAAAAGUAUUACUGAACGUAUGUGUUUUCUAUUUUAUUUACUAAUAUUUUGUCUUUUUCUCUCCUCCCUUAAUUUAAUUAUUGUUCUUUUCUUACAAUGAUGUAUAUAGUUUACCCAGUAGGAACAAAUAUAGUGAAUCAUUUAUAUGGUAGCAUUUGUAACAUUUUAGUCAAAAGAGAAAGAUGCGCAGACAUAGCAGAGUUAAGGAUCUUCAUAAAGCAUUUCACUGAUGCUUGCAGGUCGCAGCACCCACUGGUGCCAGCUCACAGCUGUGCUCUGCUGGCCCUUGUAUCCCAGCUCUCACUUGCUUUCCACAUCAGUCAGUUUCAGAAGGGAAGCAGGGACCUGCAGGAAUGAUCUCACUCCUGAAAGUGACACUUUGCUGCUCAAGGCAAAGGGGAGGAUUUCCACUGCUUCUGUCUUAACUAAAGGCUGGUGUAUCAGCUGGAGCAUCAGAAGGAGCCAAGUUGUCUAAGUGAGGUGAUGUUUAGUGGUUUUUCAGAUGUCUCAGGGAUUCUUAUUCAACUCUUGUUCACCGCCUGCCUUUUCUAAUCUCACUGAACUCAGUGGGAUCAGGUAUUGAGAAGUACCUUUGUUUUCCUUAUUGGUGCCCACUGUCCUGUUUUUCUUCUUGUAACCCUGUAGAAUCAGGGCAGAGAAGCUCAGAGCUCACAAAUGUGUUGCCUCUUCCCAGCACCCCCCCAGCCAUACAGUCUGCCAAGAAGUGCCUUCCCCUGUGCACUAUGAGCAGCCAGGUGGGUUUGGCAGCCUGGGGCCCUUUCUUCCUCUUUGCUCUACUUGUCAUCUCUGUGCUGGUAUUUAUCAGUCACAGCUUGAUACUUUCGUCUUUUGAGUAAGGUCAGAUAUAGAGCCCACCUCACUGUGAUAUUUUGUGCAUCCUCUGUUCUUGCAGAGGCUGAACUAGACCUCACCUUUCUCUAGUGCUUUCUCAAACAAUUUGAUUUCUCUUUGGUUCUUAGAAAUCAACCUCAUUAGAAAUGGUGCCAGCCAGGAUGCUGGGCCCACACCAUCUGCACAGCAUAUCAAGAAAGGCCAGAUAAAAACAUAAAGUCUGUUGUAAUAACAAGCUCAAACAAAAACACUGACAGUUGAACCCACUGAAUGCUGAUGAUGCAGACAUUCAAAGUUGCCUGCAGGCAUAGCUGCUCUGCUUAGACAUUUCACUAACACGCAUACCUCUCCAGGUAGCCAGCCUGACAUCUACCCAGGGCAACCUGGAGUGGCCAAGCACUUCUUUCCUUGCAUUUAUGCACUGUAUAUUGUAAAAAUGCUUAUCAAUAUGUUAGCUUGUAACUGGCCAGUAAACAGCUUAUGACUUGGCUUCUCAUUGACCCUUCAUGUUGAGCACUGGCUCUGCUUUGCCACGCGCCAUCCUGCUUUAUGAAUUCCAUCUGGCUCAAUCCCAUCUGUAAGGGUGUUUGGGACCAACAGUCUCUAGCUGCCACUGGCACCAAAUGGGUACUGCCAGGACUCAGCAGCAAAGAGGAAAUAGCUAUGCAACAAGGUAAGGCAUUAUCAUGCGUUCCUGGUAGCAGGAAUUGGCCAGGAUCUCACACCUUGGACUCUAUUUUACUUUCUUAUGAUGAAGUGAAUGGAAAAUAACAGAAGGCAGCAAUGUUUCUUUUGUCCCAUCCUGCAGAUAGUAAUGGCCAAGACCUGUGAUCCAUUUUCCUGGUUUUAUGCUGUGACACAUAAAAGAAAAAAGGAAGAAAGAAUUUUGCUUAAGUACCAACAUAGCUAGUAAAAUUCAGGAAGGACUUCUGGAUUUGAUCCCAUCAAGAGUCGGUCACUGUAUAGGAUAUAAAGGUUCAGCACAAGCACUGAUUUGUUUCUGUGAUGCAUGUGUUGGUUUCAUAUUUUGUUAACAUAGACUGGUUCACUUGGGACCCCAUGCAAAUGCAGUGCCCUGAGGGCACUGGUUGGAGGAAAACCUAUGUGGUGUACAGUGAGCAGUGUCUUUUUGUCCUGCCUGGCAAUCCUGUGCCACAAGAGCCAGCACAUACUUACUGCUCCGGUCAUUUUUCCUUGGAUCUUGAGCCGUCAAAGCAGCUGGUGAAAACUGGGGAAACCCAGUAACUGAGGACUCAGAGAAAAUAUACUAAUACUCAAAGCACCAAGGAAUGUAUGUCUGCUCUGUUCCUGCCUGUCUGCAGAAUGUAUGCACUGAAAACAACGCUUUCUUAUGUAGUCAAAAAAUGUACUGUAUCUAUUAACCAAAAAAAAAAUAAAAAAUAAAAAGAUUCUAUAUUUAUACAG